AUGUCAGUCGUCGCUGGAAGCAUCAGCAACGUCGCUGCCACUUUACUAAAAUUUAGCCCGACAGCCUGGAUCAAAUCUUGGCUGCUAUACGUGGGUAUACAGACUCACGUGAGAGGCACUAUUGACCCAGAACUCAAACCACUACACAAUGUGUGCGAAUAUCUAAAUGCACUUCACAUAUAUACAGAUGAGGCGCGGCGAGGCGAAGUCCGAACCGUCGAAUCUUACCAUUUCUGCUCACAUGUACGGAAGGACCUGCGACAAUGUCUCAUCUACGAUUCUUGCAAACCAGAUGCUCGCCUCAUUGGAGUUGAGUACAUGAUUCCAAAGUCCAAGUACCUGGAGUUGCCCGAGGAAGAACAAAAGUUAUGGCAUAGUCACGAAUUCGAGGUUCAGUCCGGCAUGCUCGUUCUACCCACACCGGAAACUCAUCGAGGCCAAGCCGAUAAAUGGGAGAAACUUGAGACGCAAGCAUUGAGUGAAGUGGUUGGACUGUAUGGCAAGAUCUUCCACUUCUGGCAGGUCGAUCGUGGUGAUGAGUUGCCAUUUGGUAUGCCGAGGUUGAUGGGUAGCUUGACAGAGUUCAAGCAAUUGAACGUGGACGAGGCUCUGAAGGACAGGGACGAGAGGUUUGGUGUUAGUGUCCAGCACAAGCGGGAAGUUCGACAAGGAAUUGAGGGGCCUGGUAUCCCGGAGAAUGCCGACAGCUGGUGGAAGGAGGCCAAGAAGCAGAAGCUGGACUCGACUUCCAGCUCGACCACGAAUGUUCAGCACGAUGUCGCUGACGACCAAGGAGAUCUGGAGAAGCAGGAACAAGGCGAACGAGCUCGAUCGCAGGCCAAGGACGAUCGCAUCAAGGUCGAAUGGGACGACGAUGAUCCUCUAAAUCCCUACAAUUGGAAGUUCGCCUUCAAGUGCUGGGUCACUCUACAACUCGGCAUCCUCGCGCUUGCACCUUCCUUUGGUAGUUCUGUGAUAUCGCCAGCCGGUCCAGCGAUAGCGCGAAAUCUAGGUGUUGGUGAAGAAGUGACGGUACUGAAUGUCUCUCUGUAUGUCCUGGGAUUUGCCCUUGGGCCCUGCCUAUGGGCACCCAUUUCAGAAGUAUGGGGACGCAAGAUCAGCAUGCUGCCACCUCUGUUUUGUCUCGGUCUAUUCAGCAUCGGCACGGCAGUAAGUACAACACCUGCUUCGGUUUUUAUCACACGGUUCUUCGGUGGUGUGUUCGGAUCAGCACCGAUCUCAAACGUGAGCGCUGCUCUGGGUGACUUCUGGAGCCGAGAGGCUAGAGGCACGGCCAUGAGUUUCUACGCGAUCUGCGUCGUCGGUGGUCCCACUAUCGCCCCCAUAGUAGGCGCAGCACUUACUGAGAAGCUCUCAUGGCAUUGGACCGAGUACGUGGAAGCCAUCUUUGUCUUCUCAGUCUUUGCUCUGACCAUUGUCUGCUUUCCGGAGGUGUAUCCUCCUGUCCUACUGAAACGGAAGGCACAGAAACUGCGCAAGGAGACAGGGGAUAACCGUUACUACCAUCCUCAUGAGGAUCUCAAGAUCGAUUUGAAGUCUAUCGUCACGAAAGAGCUAUCGAGACCGCUCCUCAUGUUGGUUACCGAGCCCAUGGUGAUGACGAUUGCUUUCUACGCAAGCUUCGUUUACGGUGUCCUCUAUAUGACCUUGGAGGUCUUUCCAAUCGUCUUUCAGCAGAACCAUGACCUGACGCUCAUCGAAGCUUCUGCGUCAUUCCUCGGCCUCUUCAUCGGCGUUCUUUUCGCCCUCGUUAUCAAUCUAGGCAACCAGCCACGAUAUAUUCGUAAGGUCAGGGAAUCGAACGGAAAACCAGUCCCGGAGGCGCGACUACCCCCAAUGGCGAUUGGCGGUGUCGUCUUCACUAUCGGCCUCUUCUGCUUUGGCUGGACAGGUACUCGCAACAUCUCAGUCUGGGCGCCUCUUACCUUCACACUCUUAAUCGGAGCUGGAUUCAACUCGAUCUUUCAGCAGUGUAUCAAUUUUCUCGUUGAUACCUAUGGUCUAUAUGCCGCAAGCGCAACCGCAGCGAACACGUUUCUACGAUCACUGAUGGCUUACGGCUUGCCGUUAGCGGUCCGUCCAAUGUUUGCAGCAUUAGGCGUCGGACCAGGAAUGUCAGUACUCGGUGCUGUUGCAGCUGUGGCAAUUCCUGUGCCAUUUCUUUUCAUGAAGUAUGGACACAAUUUGAGACAGCGUAGCCGUUUCACGCCUGUUGAUAAGGAAUGA